CCGAACUACAUCCGAUUCCGGAAUAAUAGCGACUAAGCUGUCUGUUGUUGCUGCAAGCCUCAUUAAAGGCGCUGAUUAAACACGUCGUUUUAAAGCCCCUCAUUCAGUGAGAGUAGUUUUUUUUCCUUGUUUAUUUGUAUAUCUUAAAAUAACUGAGCUUUUCUGGAAACAAGCGAUGCGUUGUGUUCCGUUAGCUUGUAGAGCUUCAUGCUAGCCGCUAGCUGUCAGUGUCGUUUCUCACUUUGGUUUCUUUAUAUCAACAUGAGUGAGAACGACAGUGUACAUUCUGAGGCCACCUUUAGUAAAGAAGGCCAGAUGAACCUGUCCGGGAACAAAAGCAGGAGUGUAAACAGUUCUCCUCCGGAGGGAGACGCCGGGUUUGACAUGGACGACCCGGAGGAGGAAGAGGAGAGCGACGCGCUGGACACAACCGAGCCAAGAGAGAGCGCGCCGAGCCCCGCAGAGCCAUGCGACGAGAGCGCGCCUAAGCGCUGCGUUUACGACGGCUGCUCUGAGACCAGUGCUCUGGGUGCCAAGCAGAGGAAACCGUGGAUGUGCAAAAAACACCGCAACAAAAUGUACAAGGAUAAGUACAAGAAGAAAAAGAGCGACCAGGCUAUGGCGUCUGGAAAAUUAGAAGAGGGCUCAGAGGAGAGGCCUGUGUCUGUGACAAAGCAGCGGCUCGGCACUAUUGGAGAGCGACCUACAAGACCUUCACUGAUAGAGCAAGUGUUAAACCAAAAGAGGCUGUCUCUCUUGCGGAGUCCAGAGGUCAUCAGUUUCCUCCAGCAGCAGCAGCGUCUCCUCACCAUGCAGACACAAUCUCAAAGACAUGACCAGCAAAGCUACUGAGCACUGUUUUUUCUGGGGAUUUUACAAAUACUUUAAGAAGUAGCUUAAGAAAAUGUGAAGGACUUGGACUCGGGCUGAUGCUAAACUGAAACGCCACCAGUCUUCACUAUGGUGUGAAAUCACAUUUCGUCAAGGGCUGGAUGAAUUAUCAUGAUCAUGAUCAUUAUUAGUAGCAGUUCUACUGUACUGUAAAACUACCACAUGGGUCUUCAUCAGAUGCUGUUAUUUUAUGUGCUAUGAUGCAUUUGUCAUUUUAAGUCAAUUAUGUGAAAACCGUAUGCAGUAUCACAAUAGCUGAUUUUUUUAACACUAGUGACUGCGUGUUUAUAGAAAUUCGUUUUAACCACUUAAUUAUUGUGACAUCAUUCAUGCUUAUAUAUAAAGUAGAUAACAUGCAUUCUUAUUGUAAGUAUGUGACUAGGUAAGCAUCAUGUUCUUUUUAUACAUGUACUAAAGCUAUUGGAAUAUAUUUGAAUAAUUGA